AUGGUCUUCCGCCGAGUCGUCAUUGGUACAGCGGGCUUUAUCAUUUGCUGGCUUGCAGCCAUGGAGAUUAGCCUAGGACUACAGUGUAUCCCAAUUGAAAGAUCAUGGAACUCGGAUGUUAAGGGAAAGUGUAUAAAUUUGGCAGCAUUCUCCUACUUCGCUAACAUUACAAACCUGAUCACCGACAUAUGGGUGUUCCUCCUUCCCCUGCCGAUUAUCUUCGGAUUACACGCCACUCGAAAGCGAAAAUUUGAACUUGCGGGUAUUUUUACCAUUGGUCUAUUCACGUGUGCCAUUACACUUGCCCGGUUGAUCGUCCUGGUCUUACAAGAGUCGCCAGACCUCACCUGUACAUCCAAGUAA